AUGUCGCUACCAGGUUUGGAGCUCUCACAGCCCACCGUGGAAGCCCAGAGAGCUCCCGCAGCACCAGUACAGCAUACCCUUUCCCAAGGCUCAGAAUGGAGAUUUGAAGUCGCGUAUGGGAACUCAGUCAGAGUGAAGUUAUUGUCCGGCACUGCAGAACUGUUUGGAACGGAACUAGCUACGUCGCAAACCUAUACCUUCUCAGGAACAAAAGCUGCCAUAUACACUUGGCAUGGAUGCACGUUGGAAGUAACAGAGGGGGAUUCAGUUGCUUUAGGGGUCAUAGGGAGUGUCCCUGCUCCUUCUGGACCAGGCAGCGGAGGAUGUCAAGUGGAAUAUACCGCUGAAGAGACCCCAAUGGUUGACUAUGCGAACGUACACUUUGCACUCGAAACUAUGCGGGAUGAGGCGAAGGCUAGCGGUCGAGGCGGGCCCCGUGUGUUGAUUCUAGGACCAGAGGAUGCGGGGAAGACGAGCCUAGCGAAAAUAUUGACGGGUUACGCGACAAAGAUGGGCCGUCAGCCAUUUGUGGUUAACCUUGAUCCAUCAGAGGGAAUGUUGAGUCUGCCCGGUACCUUGACAGCAACAGCUUUCCGGACGCUUAUCGAUGUUGAACAAGGGUGGGGGAGUAGUCCGUUGUCUGGACCAACGCCCAUACCAGUCAAACUGCCACUGGUAUACUUUUACGGCUUACGGAGCCCUCUGGGUGGAGGGGAGGAACUAUAUAAAUCUAUUGUUUCAAGACUCGCUCUGACCGUUGCGGGCCGACUGGCUGAAGAUGAGGAGGCAAAGGAGGCCGGAAUCAUUGUUGAUACCCCAGGAGAAAUCAGUCAAGGAAAAGGUAAUGGAGAGGAUAUUAUUAACCAUAUAGUUACAGAAUUUUCAAUUUCAACAAUUCUUGUUCUUGGUUCGGAACGUCUCUAUAGUACGAUGGUCAAGAACUAUGACGGGAAGCCGAUUUCUACAACCUCUACAAUGCCAGUAUCAGAUGAGAAGAUAUCGGUAGUCAAACUUUCCAAGUCAGGGGGCUGCGUUGAUCGUGAUGAGUCUUUCAUGAAAUCUACUCGUGAAUCUCAAGUUCGGUCAUAUUUCUUCGGAACGGCUGCCCCGUCAACUGCAUCUUCGGCUCUUUCUACUGCUCCUGGUUCAGUCAUAUCCCUCUCCCCUCACGGCCAACAUGUUGACUUUGAGAACCUAUCUAUUUACAGUAUCACCAUCAACAGUGAUGAGUACGAUGGCAUGAAGCAUAUAACGAAUUCUACAAACGAGUUCUCAUUUCUACCUGGUGGUAGCAACGAUGAUGGAGAGGACGACACCCCUACGUCAGCUGCCGGUUUAGCCCCUGGUCCGUCAUCAACAGGUCUCCCUUUCCAACAAAUACCUUUUAAAAAGCUGGCUGCUACAGCCGAUUCUCCUGUCUCACAAGCACUGGAAAACACAUUAUUGGCAAUUACCCAUGCUCCUCCGAAUGCACCAUUGAAUGAAAUUCGGGAUGCUAGCAUUAUGGGAUUCCUCUAUGUUGCCGGCGUAGAUUCUAAGAAAGGGAAGCUCAGGUUAUUGUCCCCAGUGGCUGGGAGAGUGCCCGCGAGAGCAAUAAUAUGGGGUAAUAAAUGGCCCGGGGAAGUCCUUGGGCUAGUGGGAUAG